GCACCAUGGAGAUCGUGUACGUGUACCUCAAGAAGCGCAGCGAGUUUGGGAAGCAAUGCAACUUCUCGGACCGCCAGGCCGAGCUGAACAUAGACAUCCAGCCCAACCCCGAGCUGGCCGAGCAGUUUGUGGAGCGGAACCCUGUGGACACGGGCAUCCAGUGCUCCACCAACAUGUCAGAGCACGAGGCCAACACAGAGCGGUUCGAGAUGGAGACCAGGGGGGUUAACCACAUCGAGGGGGGCUGGCCCAAGGAUGUGAACCCCCUGGAGCUGGAACAGACCAUCCGCUUCCGGAAGAAAGUGGAGAAGGACGAGAACUACAUCAACACUAUUACACAGCUCGGCUCGAUCAUGGAGCACUGCAUCAAGCAGAACAAUGCCAUCGACAUUUACGAGGAGUACUUUGAUGAUGAGGACCCGGUGGAGGUGACGGAUGAGGCCCCUUCGGCUAAAACUAUCAAUGUUUUCAGGGAUCCCCAGGAUAUCAAGCGGGCAGCCACGCACCUCUCCUGGCACCCUGAUGGCAACCGGAAGUUGGCGGUGGCAUAUUCUUGCUUGGAUUUUCAGCGGGCACCUGUGGGCAUGAGCCUUGAUUCAUACAUCUGGGACAUGGAAAAUCCCAACAAGCCUGAAAUUGCCCUGAGGCCGACUUCGCCCCUCAUCACGUUGGAGUACAACCCCAAGGACUCCCACGUCCUUCUGGGAGGCUGCUACAAUGGGCAGAUUGCCUGCUGGGACACCCGGAAGGGUAGCAUGGUGGCGGAGCUGUCCACCAUCGAGUUCAGCCACCGGGACCCUGUGUACGGCACCAUCUGGUUGCAGUCGAAGACGGGUACUGAGUGCUUCUCAGCCUCCACAGACGGGCAGGUCAUGUGGUGGGAUAUCCGGAAGCUGAGCGAGCCCACCGAGGUGGUGAUCAUGGACAUCACCAAAAAGGAGAUGCUGGAAAACGCCCUGGGCGCCAUCUCCCUGGAGUUCGAGUCGACUUUGCCAACCAAAUUCAUGGUAGGCACAGAGCAGGGCAUUGUCAUCUCCUGCAACCGUAAGGGCAAGACGCCCGCCGAGAAGAUCGUGUGCACCUUCUCGGGCCACCACGGCCCCAUCUACGCCCUGCAGAGGAACCCUUUCUACCCGAAGAACUUCCUGACCGUCGGGGACUGGACGACCCGCAUCUGGUCUGAAGACAGCCGGGAGUCAUCCAUCAUGUGGACCAAGUACCACAUGGCUUACCUCACCGACGGCGCCUGGAGCCCCUCAAGGCCGGCAGUUUUCUUCACCACCAAGAUGGAUGGAACCCUGGACAUCUGGGACUUUGUGUUCAAGCAGUGUGACCCAGCCCUCAGCCUGAAGGUGUGUGAUGAGGCCCUCUUCUGCCUCCGGGUGCAGGACAACGGGUGUCUCAUCGCCUGUGGCUCCCGGCUGGGGACCACCACCCUGCUGGAGGUCUCGCACGGGCUUUCUACCCUCCAGAGGAACGAGAAGAACAUAGCGUCUUCUGUAUUUGAACGUGAGACCCGGCGGGAGAAGAUCCUGGAGGCCAGGCACCGAGAGAUGCGGCUGAAAGAGAAGGGCAAGGCUGAGGGCAAGGAGGACGAGCUGAGGGAGGAGGAGACUGCCAUAGACCUGGAGGGGCUAGUCACCAAGGCCGAGGAGGAGUUCUUCGAGGUCAUCUUCACGGAGCUGAAGAGGAAGGAGAAGGACGCCAUGAAGAAGAAGCCAGAGCAUAAGCAAAGUCUGGAGGAGGAGGAGGAGGAGGAGGAGAACGAGAUGGCGGACAAAGAGAUUGGGGAAGAGGAAGAAGGGGCCUUGGCCACCAUGAACCCCAGCCCCGAGGCCACGCCACCUCCCAGCCUAGCCCUGGAUAUCUUCUUAGAUACCUUGAGAAUCGUCUUCCUUCGCAAGCUUACACAGCCUCAGGCAGUGGGCAAGGGGCCCCCGGCCCCGAGGCGCCCAGAAGCUGCCAGACGGACGCUGGGCUCCGGCGGACGCACAGACGCCAAGGACGGUGGACGCCUAGGCAGCACAGCCGGACAGCGGCGCAGGCUUGGGCGCCUACCGGGUGGAGGCGCCAGCUCUCGUCCGCAGCGCCGGGAGGGGCGGACCCAGGAGGCAGGAGGUGCCGUCCCUCCUCCGGCCCCGCCUCCCUGGCAGCAGCAGGGCAGGAGGCUGCGAGCAACGCCCGGAGGGGACCUGGCGGCCGUGGGGGUGCGCCCGGCCAUGCCCGGUGUCACGGCCUGA